AUGCGUGAGUAUGAGCAACUCGGUCACAUGAAGGAAGCUAACCAUGAUCCUUUGCGCGGUGAGCUAGUAUAUUAUAUUCCGCAUCAUUGUGUGCAUAAAAAGUUCCGCGUUGUUUUUAACGCUAGUUGCAAGACGGAAUCAGGGGUUUCUUUGAAGGAAAUUCAAAUGCUCGGAGAGAAAUUACAGCGUGAUCUCGCCGAAAUUAUAAUGAGGUUUAGGCGUCGCAGAAUUUGCAUCAGCUGUGAUGUAAAGAUGAUGUUUAGGCAGGUGCGCAUCAUUGAGAGCCAGUACGAUCUCCAACGGAUAUUUUGGCGCGAGAGUCCGAGGGAUAGAUUAAGAGAAUACUGCUUAACAGUAGUCACAUAUGGUAUGACGGCAUCAGCAUAUUUAGCCGUACGAUGUUUAAUACAGGCAGCUAGAGAGCAAAUGGAAUAUUUUCCAUCAGCAGCUAGAGCCAUAAUAGAUGAUUUCUACAUGGAUGACGGUAUCACAGGCGCCAGUAAUGAAGAUAAAGCAAUAAAAUUGGCUAAAGAGAUGAAGUUUGCGCUAGGCGGUGCGGGUAUGAAAUUGUGCAAGUGGAAGUCAAACAGUAAGGCGCUUGCAAGUGUUCUCCAGUCAGGGGAACCGAGUGCAUUAUUGCUAACAGAAGAUGAUAAUGCAUCUGUGCUUGGUUUACAAUGGAUGACUGACGAGGAUGAAUUCACGUUUGUCGUGAAGGUGCCAGUAGUGCCUGCGGUUAUUACUAAGCGAAUCAUCCUAAGCUGUGUUGCGCAAUUGUAUGACCCUAAUGGUUAUAUCACACCCGUUACAUUCAUUGGGAAGAUUAUAGUGCAAGAUUUAUAG